AUGAAGGCUACCACCAUCUCGGUUCACUGGCACGACGAAUGUCAGCCCGUGUACUCAAUCAACUUCCAGCCGGGGACGGUUCCCGCGCUGCGUCUAGCCACUGCAGGCGGCGACAAUAACGUACGCCUAUGGCGGUUGAAGCACAAUUCCCAAAAAGAACCCUCCGUAGAAUACCUCUGUACGCUCAGGAAGCAUACCCAGGCUGUCAAUGCGGUGCGGUUCGAUGCUUCGGGACGCAUGUUGGCAUCGGCAAGCGAUGAUGGGCUUCUUUUGGUGUGGACGCUAUCACAAGAAGUGGUGACUGAUUUCGGCCACCAGGACGACGAUGCGGUGGAGAGCUGGUCUGUUUUGCAGGUGCACAACACCAACCUGGAGAUCUACGACAUUGCAUGGUCGCCGGAUCUGGCGCGGGUCGCUGUUGCAUGUAUGGACAAUACUUUGAAGGUGUACAACAUUGAGCGAGGCUUGAGAGAGGCUGAGAUGGCAACACACGCCCAUUAUGUCCAGGGUGUUGCAUGGGAUCCCAAGGGCGAGUACUUGGCCACUUUGAGCGCGGACAGAUCGGUGCAUGUGCAUAAAAUCGAGUCUCUGCUGGACACAUUCAAGCUUUCGCUCCUACUGAAGACCUAUAAAACCGACCAAUACGGUCAAUUAGUAUCCGUGCUCCGUGAGAAGGGUGUCUCCACCGCUGAGAAGAAGCCGGUGCAUCUGUUCUAUUCGGAAACACUCCAGUCUUUUUUUAGAAGGUUGGCGUUUUCUCCCGAUGGAAGUCUUCUUCUAGCACCGCUGGGAGUGUUCAAAAAGGAAGACGAAACAGCUGCAGAUUCUCAAACAGAGGGCGCCACAAAUGAGUUUGUCUCGCUCAACACGGUCUAUGUUUUCAUCCGCUCAGGGCUCGAUAGACCACCAGUGUGUCAUAUUCCCGGCCUCCCGAAGCCUGCUGUUGCAGUUUCAUUCAGCCCACUCAUGUACAAACUAUCGGGGAAUGGUUCGCCGGUGUUUGCUUUGGCAUACAAAAUGAUUUUUGCCAUUGCAACCCAGAAUUCUGUAUUUAUCUAUGACACAGAGAAGUUGCAGCCUUUGGGCAUGGUGAACAAUCUCCACUACUUGACGAUUACUGAUAUAAGCUGGGAGAACGAUGGGCAAGCGCUCAUGGUUUCUUCAGCCGAGGGAUUCUGUUCCAUGGUGGCAUUUGAGGAUGGAGUGUUUGGAGAAUUGAUGGAGGGUCAGAAGGAAGUCAAGCCUCCAAAAGUUGAGCCCAAGCUUGACGCUAGACCUGUCAAUACGUUGCCUGUUCGCAGAGCAGAAGCCAAGCCCGCACAGUCGCUUAUAAGUCAGUUCGUUGCAGCACCCAUAAUUGUUAAAGACGAGCCAAGCACAUUGCAGACGAGCUCUAAGGACAAUGAACUAGCAUCUCAGAAUCAGAAUCUGGUACCUGAAGAACAGAAUAAAAAGCGUGUUGUUCCCACACUCCUCCAGGAUUACAAGUGA